AUGGCAACCCAAUUGAGAUUGAGAUCAGCCAAAGUUUUAUUGAUUAAUUUAGGUGGAGUUGGGAGCGAAAUAAUUAAGAACCUUGUUCUAGGAGGUUUGAAUUCAAUUGAAAUAUUGGAUGGUUCUGUAGUAAAGGCGGAAGAUUUUGCUACCCAGUUUUUCUUGCCAAAUUCCGAUGAUAUAAUAGGCAAAUUAAAAUUGCCGAUAAUUGAACCUAAGAUUAAAGAGCUUAAUAAUAGAGUUAAUUUAACAAUCAACACAAAUCUCUUAGAGGAGGUUUUUGAGAAUCCGUCUUAUUUAGAGCAAUUUGAAUUGAUAAUCGCUACAGAGUUGUCAAAGGCCGAAAUCAUAAAAUUGAAUGAAUGCUCUAGGAGUCUAGGUAUACCGCUAUAUGUAGCUGGGAUUCAUGGUAUGUUUGGCUAUAUUAUGACUGAUUUGAUUUCCAAUACCGCUAAGACAGAAAAGGAAACAGGUAAUCAACCAAGAAAGCCAAAUACUAAACUCAGUAAGCGCAAAACCAUUACAAGUGUUGACAUCAUCGAGGAAGGGAAGAAGGAAUUGGUAACUAUAUUUGAUGAAUUUGUUCCAAUGGAAAGUAUAAUGAAUUCAAGAGAACUCCCUAGUCAAUUGAACAAAAGACAAAUGAAGAGAUUAUCUGCUGCAUUGCCUUUAAUAUUUUCUUUAUUUGAAUUUAAUAGACCUAGUGAUCCUGAACUUAUAUUAGAUAAGACGAAAUUGAAAUCUAUUAGUUUAAAUGUGUGUGAUAAACUUAACAUUCCUUCUACAGUUAUAAAUGAAGAGUAUUUGGAUCUAUUUUGCAGGCAAGCUUUCGCUGAGUUUUCCCCUGUGGCCGCAAUCUUGGGUGGCUGUUUAUCUCAAGACGUCAUUCAAUUUUUAAGUGGAAAAGAAAGCCCUAUAAACAACGUAGUAAUAUUAGAUUCGAUAAGAUCUGACAUGUCCAUAUACGUUCUAUAA